AUGAUCUGGAAGCAUGUGAUCAGUAAGGCUGAGGCGAAUCAGUCAUCAGGAACGAGUUCAGUGGUGAAUGAUGAGGCUGAGGAUAAAGAGUUUGAUCGCAUCUUAGACGACGUCUUCCCCCCAGCAUCUAAAGCGCCGGGAGAUGAGCAUCAGAAUGAAGACGAGUAUCACGGAUCAGAAGCCUUGUCCCAUGCGCCUGGCGGAGAAGCCUCCACCAAAAGCUUGGAAGCAACCCCGCAUGGGACCGAAGAUGAAGACAAUGAUAACCCUGUUGAACAGUACCUUCAGUCUCCUUCAUCCAAGCUUACAAACCCAGACAAUUGGCCUGAACUGAUUAUCUAUGACUCAACAAACAAGGCUAUUCUCGAUGAAAAAAUCAAAAAUAUUUUCACGGCAAACUCAAGGGGAUUAAGGCCAGGGAGUACUACUGUUGCCUCAAAAUGA